ACCCAGUGAUGCAUUGACAUUCUGCACCAGAACACAUUAUUCCGCGCCGAUUCUCGGGCGUGCCGCGUAGAAUUUCCUGUGGACACGAGCAAUAAGCCUUCACGAAAGAUUUGGCGUUGCACGGUAUUCAUCCUUGACUUUUUCUAACGAAGCUAUCCGUUGCCAUCGCCGAAUGAUAAAGCAACCCAGCGUUACCUCCUCCUCGGUACUACAGUGCGUGGUAGCUGGAUACAUCCUCAGCCAUGGAACACACACUCAAAUGCAACGUUCUAAAGUGUCGAAAGGAGCUUAGCGACCAAGCACUGGUCACUACGUGCAGUCAUAUAUUCUGUACCGAAUGUUCAAACAACCAUGGCCUUACCGGACAAGUUCAAGAGCGGCACAGAACCUGCCCUGCGUGCAGGUCCCAGAUCAUCAACCCCGACGACGCGGUGGUGACCCAUCUAAACUUAUCCGAGGACUACAAGACAACCAUAUUAAGCGGACUGAGUCCAAACGUUAUCAUGGAAUGUGCAGGAAGAGCACUGAGUUUCUGGGCUUACCAGACCACACAGGAAAUCGUUUACCAGCGAUAUCUUGAAAAAACCCUGACAGAAAAGCUAAAGUCACUGGACAUGAGGUUCCAAAGAAACGUGGAUGAUGCCAACACAGAAAUUAUUAUGCUGGCUAAUAUCCCAGCAGCCCUUUCAGAUAACUGCGACAACGAGCGACGCAAACAUGAAGAGCUUGCAUAUGCCUACCAAGAAAAAAGCCGCAAGCUCACACAGAUCCAAGAACUCUAUGACCGAGUAAAGAGGAAAGCCGACCUUGGGCAGAUGGAGGCUGCUGCGAUAGACGCGAUUGAAUCGAGUCUCCGGUACGGUACAUACGCACCGGACUCUGAUCUCCCGGGUCCUACCACGAGGUUGAACAUAUACGAGCCGCAAAGAGAACCAGUAAACCAUGACCCUUUUCAUUCUAUUGGGCAG